AUGCAGGCCUACACGAUUGAGAAGAUCGAGCCAAGCGCGAUAUCGUCGGGUGCGCGACUCGACGCAAUGCUUCGUGAGAUGGAAGAUCUCUUCGCAGCUCGCUUUGCGCGCGGCGACAAGAAACGUGCCCAAGCUCGUCUACGGAGCGGAGCCACGCACAAAAGCCAUCAUUUUAGUACCUUCAGGUCAGGCCUGCUCCUCGGCCUGGGAAUCCCCGCUCUGGUAGACGGCCUGUAUAGAAGUGAGAAUCCUGUCCCUCGUGUGACCAGGCAACAUCUGAUGGCUACUAUGUGUAGGCUUUCAGCCUGA